AUGGAAGAGAAAGACUACGAAGAAUUUCAAAAAGUUGUAUGCACCGCGUCCCUUUACGGAAACUCCUAUCUGUAUUCAGUAGCAGCUUUGAAUAUUCUUCUAUCAGUUACCGCUUCGAUGGGGAACACUCUAAUUCUUGUUGCUCUUCGCAAGGAAAAUUCUCUUCAUGCUCCAUCAAAACUCUUGUUUCAAUGCCUAUCAGCCACGGAUCUUUUGGUUGGUAUCCUGUCGCAACCUCUGUUUGUUAUUCAGUUGAUUUCCAUUGCACAUCAGCGAGUGUCACUUUGUUUCAUCCUUGUCAGUCUAAAUGAAGUUGCUGGUUCAACCCUGAUCGGAGUGUCUCUAUUUACGAUGACUACAAUCAGUGUGAACAGACUUCUUGCUCUGUUACUAGGGCUGAGACACAGCAAAACAGUGUCGUUGAAACGAAUUCGUGGAGUAAUCAUCGGCGGCUGGAUUCUAAACAUUUCCAUCUUUACCUUGCAGCGAUUUUUGGAACAACACUAUACGCUAAUCUCUCAACUCGUCACUGGGAUAAUUUACUCAUUGCUAGUAAUCUCGGGAAUUUCAUACUCCACGAUUUAUCUAACACUUCGCCGUCAUCAAAAUGAGAUGCAAAGCCAAGCAAACAGAGAAGGAACUACAUUCAACAUAACGCGAUACAGAAAAACAGUAUCCUCGGCUUUGUGGGUACAGCUGACAUUAAUAGCCUGUUAUCUUCCUUACGGUGUUGUUAGUACAUUAAGUCACCCAUUCGCUCCAUCUCAUAACCUUUCUGUUAGGCUUACAAUAACCCUUAUCUACUUAAACUCAUCUUUAAACCCUGCUCUCUACUGUUGGAAGAUCAGAGGAGUUAGGACAGCGGUCAAGGAUACAGUCAGACAUCUGUAUCAUGUGGUUUGUCCAGCUAAACCUGUAGCUCCUGCGCGCUAAGCAUUUUUGGUGCGAUUCGUCUGGCAACUCAUGUUUUUUGGGCGCGAAAUCGUUGUUGAGGUGUUGUAAAAACUGUCCGUUUCAGCGAUUUUGUGUCUAAACGUUUUGAAAAAUAAACUCAUCAAAAAACCUGUUAUAUUAAACGUCUGUUAAAUACUGUGCUUGAUAUCCUUCACUGAGUUUCCAAGUCGUUAAGUUUGAGGGAUUGUUCUUUUGUUUACACCCUGCCGGGAUCAGCAAGUUAACUGUUUUUGGAAAGUCCACCUUGGUGGAAAAGUACGGGAAGUUUUGUUCCGACUCAGUAACUUUCAGCUUGUAGAGCUGGAUGGCCAGCAAAUCGGGAGGUCUCGAGUUGUUUUCGCGGGUCGGGACCAACGCUUUGCUCGGGGUUUGAAAGUAAUUAAGGAAGAAAGUACACCCUUCACAGCUCUACAAAGGGCUAGCCCCUCAUGGAACUCGGUAGUUCAAGUAGAAAUUGCAGUCUCUAGUUACUGCGUUCUAAGCACGUUGGCAUUUCCUGAUAAAGUAGAGAUUUUUGGAGUUCGAAUUUUUGAUCCAAAACUAGUCUCUUCUCCCAUUUCUGUUUAUUGGCAUAGAGGAGAGGCUUGCGGGUAACAGUGCAUAUAAUAACAGAUCUAAAGUAAAUUGAAACAAAAUUUAACAAAAAUUCCAAAUAGUUACAAGUGAACAAAAGCAAAUUAUUAUAUAUAAGUAAAACCACUGACUUUAAAGAUAAUGGCCAACUUCCUAGUUAUUAUUCUUUUUAUGAAGCAUAAUAAAAAUGUGAUAAAAAGGAUGCCAGUUAAAGUUUACGUAGUUUUCUUAGUACCUGAAAUAAUGUAUAGUCAACUCACGUUAUCCCGAUCCCGCACAGCCAACUCCCCUUAUAUCUUGCCGAGUCCCUCGGGACCGCGAGUCAGUGCCCCCAGUAGCGAGAGUCCCGACCAGCUCCCACUUGGCUUUGUAAGUCAACUGGUAGAGCGCUGCACCGGUAUCGUAGAGGCACGGGUUCCAGUCCUGUACUAGCCUGAUUUUUUUUAAACUUUCUUAUCAAACCUUCACUGAAAAGUUGCUUCUAUAACUUAACUUUAAUAAUCUUCUUAGCGUAGGUGAACACAACGGAAAAAUUUUCUUUUUCUUUUACUAACCAUUGAUCUGGGCCUUUCGGAUAGAACCCCAGAAAAUUUCGCCCAACACUUGACAAAUUAAAUGAAAUUGAAUAAGAACGAUGAAGUUUGAAACAGUUGAAAGUGAUGUUUUCGACUUUUUUGCCAUCCAGAAAUUUUGCUACCAAGGCAACAUUUUUCCUAGUAGCUUUUGUCACUGACAAAAAAAAGGCUAUCAAUCUCUUUAUCUGGACAGAUUGGACGAGCCAAGAAAAAAAAAAAGUUCUUUUACGAUUUGUUUCAAUUGUUGCUCAAGAAGAGAAUCGAUAACAAUUUUGAAGAAACAAUAUUUUUCUGUCUUUAUAUUCAAAGAUGCCGCUUGCUGUAGGUUAUAACCAAACGCGCAAAAGUUUUUUUGUUUGUUUAUUAAAUUUUGUUUGACAAGUAACAACUUGAAGCUGGCACAACCGACAGUAGACUUGAUAAUUUAAAAAACGAACCUUGCCGCAGGUAAAAAGUUAUUCCUUAUCACCCGGUUUUGUCAUUUUGCUGGCGAUUUCUUAAAUACAUAUUUUGGCGUUUUUGUGAAUGAAGAGAAGAAGUGUUUUAAAAAGAAGUAAAUAAGGAGUCGCUCUUUUUCUAAUUAAUACAGCUUUUGAUUAAUUACAAAAUUGGACAUGUCUAAUAUAUACAUCCGGCGUACAAAAUUUACCACAGCGACGAAGUUUUCGGUGUACUAUAUUUAUACAAGACAGAUAUUUCUCACUGAGUUAAUUAACUUUUCGCAUCUUUUAGGCCGAACCAAUAGUCAACAGGGAAAUUUAACGUCAUGAAGCGUAGCAUUUUACCAAAAAAAAUUAAUCAGUUUUUAUUUAAUUUUCAUUGAGAAAUAUAGAACUCCAUUCAAAGCAAACGUCAACAAGUUUGUUAGCUGGAAGCUGAUUGGCAAAAAGUUCAAGAUAACGUGGCUUUAUUGUAUUGUUUUAUCUCCCUCCUUUCCAUCAAUCUCUUAGUUGUAAUACAAAUCAAUUGAAAACUAGAUGGAGGAUUCAACUUGUAAUCCAUUUAGUUCAUUGACUUGAAAUACUCAACAAAUAUUCGCCAAGCUUCAAUCUCAGAGUAUAUAUAGGUCAGUAGAAUGUUGGUCAACCCACAAUUCAAGAACAGCUGGUUAUCACCUGUGUGCUUCUAAUAAUUUCAACGCAUGACUAUAACGCCAAAAAAUUGUAAAAAAAAAAGAGAAAAGAAAGGAGAUUUCGAAGCCAAAUUUCUGACUUGCAAAUAGAAAAUAACUUCUUUUAAAGUCUCUCAGUAGUGAUGGAUUUUUCUGCAAAGGGUUCGGACUACAAAGAAAUUCAACUUGUGUCUUGCUGGAAGUCUCAACAUGGAAAUUAUUAUCUAUAUCUUCUAGCAGCGUUGAAUAUUCUUCUAUCCAUCAUCGCAUUGCUUGGGAAUAUCCUCAUUUUACUUGCUCUUCAGGAGGUGCGUUCGCUUCAUCCGCCGACAAAACACUUGUUCCGAUGCCUAACAUUGACAGACCUUCUUGUUGGCGUUUUUUCACAGCCCCUUUUCGCUAGUCAGCUUAUUUUCAUUGCGCAUCAGCGGCAACGCUUCUGCUUUAUGGCUGUGGACUCUAAUGAAGUCGCAGGUGUCACUUUUAGCGCCGUUUCUUUAUUUACAUUGACUACCAUCAGCGUAGACAGACUUCUUGCUUUGAGGCUGCGUUUAAGCUACAGACGCAAGGUGACUUUGAGACGAAUGCGUGGAACUGUGAUCUGCUCCUGGAUUUUAAGCAUUUCACUCUCUAGUUUACGGCGAUUUUGGCAACAUGCUCUUAUGUCAAAUGUGAUGUCCAUAGUUAUACACUUUUUGUUACUAACAUCGGCCUUUUGCUAUUGUAAGAUCUAUCUGAAACUCCGUCGCUUUAGAAUAGGCUUAGCAAAUCGCUCGUUUCAGGAACAACGGCGCAGCGUAAGAGCUUUACAAAGCAUGGCAAGAUACAAAAAGACAGUAUCUACAGCACUGUGGGUGCAGUUAGCAUUAGUAGCCUGUUAUCUCCCGUAUGGUAUCGUUGCAGCCGUAGAACUCAUUACAGGAUAUUCACCAUCACAUAACCUGACUGUUAGAGUUGCAGUUACCAUGGCUUUGUUAAACUCAUCUUUAAAUCCCUUUCUUUAUAGCUGGAAGAUCAGAGGAAUGAGAAAAGCACUGAAGGACACAAUAAAACAUUUGAUUUGUUUUGAAUAAAUUAAAGAGCGGCAUUCGUGAAAUAGGACAAAAAAAGGAAGGGCCAGGGUACGAAUUAUAUAGAGCAGAAACCAGUUUAAUCAUACUUUCACGCCCAAAAUUCCUGAGCUAGCCUGCGUAGCAGGCGUCGAAAGGGGUAGGGGGUAGGGGAUAGGGAGGAAAGGAAAAAGGGGAGGGGGAUUCCUGAGCUAAAAGACAGUACAACUUGCUAAGCAGGGGCGUUAGCUACCCUUGCGCAAAUAUGUACGUGCGCAAUUGAAAAAGACGUCGAAGUUAAUCAAAACAAAACAAAUUUGACCGAAAAGCAUUUUUUUAGUUGUUGGUCCAAGUUUUCCUGGAUUUAAACAGAUAAUAUUGUAAUCAAGUUUAAGAAGGCAACCAAACAAAAUAGGUUCUAGAUGUAAGAUAUCAUUUCAUCGCUUAUCAGUUCUCACUAACAAUUGUUGUGAAUCGGAUGAUUUUUAAAAGUCAAUAAAUCGCGUCUGAGAUAGCUAGCUAACAGGUGUAUUUGUCCAAGGAACUGGGCAGUUAUGCUUUAGGUCCAAACCAGAAAAGAGGUGUUAGACAGUCAAAUACUUCCUUAGAAAAUCUUUUCUUUCGACUUACACUGAUAAAAUAAAAGACGUAGCAACUUAAACCGUCGAGCAAAAUGUGCGAGCACGCAUGAAAAUCCCCAAACUACUAAAAGAGGCGAGAGGUAAAGAAGGAGGAACGUAUUCCCGCUCAUCCUCGGAGACCCAGGGGCAGAUAGUGGGGGCGAGGGAAAGUCUAAACGGGCGGAAAAAUAUGGCACGAAGAAAAGUAAAGAACGAGGAGAAGAGCCCCUGGGGACAAUGUCUUACCAGACCAGUUCCAAACGGUCGCCGCUUUUCUGGCUUCUGAUUGGUGGCAGAAAACUUGUGUUUUUCUGGCACCAAUCAGAAGCCAGAACGGCGGCGACCGUUUGGAACUGGUCUGGUAAGACAUUGUCUCCAGGGGCUCUUCUCGCCGUUCUUUACUUUUCUUCGUGCCAUAUUUUUCCGCCCGUUUAGACUUUCCCUCGCCCCCACUAUCUGCCCCUGGGUCUCCGAGGAUGAUUCCCGCUCCUCUCGUGUGGUGUGUCUCUUUGGUUUGAUGGGCGCGCAUGCACUCUUCGUUCGCUCUAUUACACUGGCAUGUGGAAAGUAUCGCAUUAUAAUUACUUAUGGUCGAUUUGCUUUCCAAUAUUCAUAGCCAACUCAAAAUGAAAUGGCAAGCCAAACCACGCCAAAACGAAACAAUAUUUCGCUAUAACUUCUAAGUCAGUAGGGUUUAAUAAAUAGGAUAGGUGGCCUUUCUGUCUUCCAUCUCUAUCAUUAUCAGAACCAAACGAAGACCAGCAGAAUUUGUUUUGUCAGGUCGAAAACAUGAGGCAGGAUUAUUAAAAACCGACAGUUUUAGGCUUCACUUUGUUAAACUCAUCUUUAAAUCCCUUUCUUUAUAGCUGGAAGAUCAGAGGAAUGAGAAAAGCACUGAAGGACACAAUAAAACAUUUGAUUUGUUUUGAAUAAAUUAAAGCGCGGCAUUCGUGAAACAGGACAAAAAAAGGAAGGGCCAGGGUGCGAAUUAUAUAGAGCAGAAACCAGUUUAAUCAUACUUUCACGCCCAAACCUCCUGAGCCAAAAACAGUACAACUUGCUAAGCAGGGGCGUUAGCUACCCUUGCGCAAAUAUGUACGUGCGCAAUUGAAAAAGACGUCGAAGUUAAUCAAAACAAAACAAAUUUGACCGAAAAACAUUUUUUUAGUUGUUGGUCUAAGUUUUCCUGGAUUUAAACAGAUAAUAUUGUAAUCAAGUUUAAGAAGGCAACCAAACAAAAUAGGUUCUAGAUAUACGAUAUCAUUUCAUCGCUUAUCAGUUCUCACUAACAAUUGUUGUGAAUCGGCUGAUUUUUAAAAGUCAAUAAAUCGCGUCUGAGAUAGCUAACUAACAGGCGUCAAGUUUGUCCAAGGAACUGGGCAGUUAUGCUUUAGGUCCUAACCAUAAAAGAGGUGUUAGACAGUCAAAUACUUCCUUAGAAAAUGUGUUCUUUCGACUUACACUGAUAAAAUAAAAGACAUAGCAACUUAAACCGUCGACCAAAAUGUGCGAGCGCGCAUGAAAAUCCCCAAACUACUAAAAGAGGUGAGAGGUAAAGAAGGAGGAACGUAUUCCCGCUCAUCCUCGGAGACCCAGGGGCAGAUAGUGGGGGCGAGGGAAAGUCUAAACGGGCGGAAAAAUAUGGCACGAAGAAAAGUAAAGAACGACGAGAAGAGCCCCUAGGGACAAUGUCUUACCAGACCAGUUCCAAACGGUCGCCGCCGUUCUGCCUUCUGAUUGGUGGCAGAAAACUUGUGUUUUUCUGGCACCAGUCAGAAGCCAGAACGGCGGCGACCGUUUGGAACUGGUCUGGUAAGACAUUGUCCCCAGGGGCUCUUCUCGCCGUUCUUUACUUUUUUUCGUGCCAUAUUUUUCCGCCCGUUUAGACUUUCCCUCGCCCCCACUAUCUGCCCCUGGGUCUCCGAGGAUGAUUCCCGCUCCUCUCGUGUGGUGUGUCUCUUUGGUUUGAUGGGCGCGCAUGCGCUCUUCGUUCGCUCUAUUACACUCGCAUGUGGAAAGUAUCGCAUUACUUAUGGUCGAUUUGCUUUCCAAUAUUCAUAGCCAACUCAAAAUGAAAUGGCAAGCCAAACCACGCCAAAACGAAACAAUAUUUCGCUAUAAUUUCUAAGUCAAUAGGUUUUAACAAAUAGGAUAGGUGGCCUUUCUGUCUUCCAUCUCUAUCAUUAUCAGAACCAAACGAAGACCAGCAGAAUUUGUUUUGUCAGGUCGAAAACAUGAGGCAGGAUUAUUAAAAACCGACAGUUUUAGGCUUCGUAAUUAGUUAAAAAAGAACGGAAAACACAUUGUCUCCCGAAGCCACGUUGACCUCGUAAACAAGAUAGGCAGUUGCUGACGAACAUUUGUAAAUGACGUUUUUGGUACUUUCCCUCGCUGCUGUUGAGAAGAAUUUUUGAUUUCGAACAGUGUCGUCGUGCUCUAUGAAGAAAAAUAAUAUUAUAAAUUUAAAAUAAAUAAGGAGUCCCUCCUCUUCGUGACAGAGUCUUUGGUUCAAUUACGAAAUUUGACAUGUCUAAUAUGUAUAUGGCGGAAAUUUCACAAUAAAUCAAGUGUCGGCUCUUUAAAAAAGAGCAAGUAUUUCUCAGUAAUUUUUUCACACAUCUCAUGGUUAAUAGUCAACGGUAAAAGUUUUUCAUUUUAACGUAAUAAAAUUGAUUAAUUUACAUUUAAUUGUAAUAGAGAAUUAGGAGUCCAUACAAAGCAACAGAAUGUAACCCAGAAGCUGAUUGCAGUAAGCUGUUGAAGAUAAGACAGUUAUCUUUGUGUUCUAUCUCCAUCCAAAUAUUGUGCACACUCUUUCUUCAUGUUUUUUAUCUUUCUCGUACGAACUUGGUAGAUCUAGAUGUCAUGCAUCACAUAGUUUUUGACAUUGUAUGGGAUUGGGGCUCACGCCCUGUUCUCUUCUCCUGUCAGCGUAUUUGUGUUCGUUUAAUUCUUUUAUCUGACAAAAAUCAACAAACUUAAAACUAAACUAAUAUCGUCAGUCUCAUAAAACAAGCCAAAUGAAAAAUAACUGGAGGAUUAACCAUCUUAUUCAUUUCAUUUAUAAAGCUAAUGAACAUUCAAAAUACUCAACAAAUAUUAGCCACAGCUGCAAUCUACUGUCAGCCCACAAAUCAACGUAAAGGCUUAUUAAUCACCAGCUAAUAAUUUCAAGGCACGUUCACAUUCAAGGCUUUCACUAGUGAAGGAAAACUCGGAAACGCAAUCUCUAAGUUUAUUUCUGAGUUCGUUAGAAAGGAAAAAUAAUUUAAUUUUAUUUCAAGUCAUUAAUAAGGUGAUGGGUUUUACGGCAAAAGGCGGGUACGAAGAAAUUCAAGUAGUUUCUUGCUGGAUGUCCAAACAUGGAAAUCACUAUCUAUAUUUACUAGCAGCGUUGAAUAUUCUUCUAUCCAUCAUCGCAUCGCUUGGUAAUAUCCUCAUUUUAGCUGCUCUUUGGAAGGUACAUUCACUUCAUCCUCCCUCAAAACUCUUGUUCCGAUGCCUUACAGUGACAGACCUUCUUGUUGGUGUUUUUUCACAACCUCUGUUUGCUAGUCAGCUUAUUUUCAUAGCGCAUCAGCAGCGACGCCUCUGCUUUACGACUGUGAGCUGGAAUGAAGUCGCGGGUGGUACUUUUAGCACGGUUUCUUUAUUAACACUGACUGCUAUCAGCAUCGACAGACUUCUCGCUCCCAUGCUAGGACUAAACUACCGGCUCAAGGUGACUUUGAGACGAAUGCGUGGAAUUGUGUCUUGCCUCUGGAUUGUAAGCAUUUCACUCUCCAGUUCACGGCGAUUUUGGCAACAUGAACUUGUGUCGAACGUGAUGUCCACAGUUAUGUACUUUUUAUUACUAACAUCGGCGUUUUGCUAUUCUAAGAUCUACCUAAAACUCCGCAGCCAUAAAAUUGCCUUAAAGAACCUCUCUAACCAGGCAGAGCAGCACAGCGUAGGACCUGUACUUAACAUAGCAAGAUACAGAAAAACCGUGUGCACAGCAUUUUGGGUGCAGUUAGCAUUAAUAGCCUGUUAUCUUCCGUAUGGUAUCGUUACAGCCGUAGCACACACCACUGAAUAUUCACCAUCACAUAAUCUAGCUGUUAGACUUGCAGUUACCAUGGCCUUUUUAAACUCAACGUUAAAUCCUUUCCUUUAUUGUUGGAAGAUCAGAGAAAUGAGAAAAGCAGUGAAAGGCACAAUUAAGCAAUUGAUUUGUUCAAGUUGA